CAAAUUUUAGACCAAUCAAAGCACCUCGAUAAUUCUCUCCGUGAAGAAAUCAAUUGACUACAAAUAGUCGCCAUUAGAGUAGAAGUUUGUAGACCAAGAAGACGUGUUCGCUGGAUAUUAAAUUAGAAUUACUUCAAAAAUCGAAUAGAAAUGUCAACCAGGGUAGAUAGUCCGCUACUGGGAAGAAUGGAUAUAUUGAAUGCAACAAGACCUAGGAGUGUACGUAGAGCUUUAUUCGGACCUGUGGAUCACGAACAAGUAAAGUCGGAUUUGCAGCGUUUGAAGGCUGAACAAUCAAAAGUUGACCAAGAAAAAUGGAACUUUGAUUUUACAGAGGAAAAACCUCUGCCAGGAGCUUAUAAAUGGGUUCCCAUUGAUCAACAUGAUAAUUCUGACGACGAAGACAAAGACAAUGUUGUAAUAACAACACACGUUAGGUUACAACACAGCCCUGUUUCAGAAUCCAGGGAAGAUGAUCAAGAACAUUACAUAACAGUCAAAGAUGGAGAAUCAUCAAAUAGCCAAGAAACACCAUCAACUUGUAGGAAAAGUGCUGUACCUUCAAGUAUAGAUAUAACUGCCAAAUCUACUCAACCUAAAAUAAAUGGUAAGUUUAUAGGUCAUUAAAUUGUAAUAUCUAAGUUAGUAAUGGAUAGUUCGAAUAUUGCAAUGUCAUACAUUAGGUCAGGUAUAAUGUAAAAUAAAGUAUAAUAUGUUGAACGAUAAUACAUUCAUAUUUCAGGAAUUUUAUACUUGUUGGUAAGUGUCGAAAUAUGAAAAUAAGCAUUCUAGGUAUAGAGUCUUAGGGAU